AGGAAGGCGCGUACGAGCAAGGAUCUACUAACCGUUCUGCUCGUGUGUGGAAAAGAAAUAAUUUUUUUGUUUAAUGUUGAAGCUUAAACAGAAAAAGUUGAUAAAUUAUUCAUAUAAACAAGGAUAUCAUUCAUGAAUUAACUAUAAAUUCGAAGUGUAAUAAGUAAUUGUGUGGGAGGAAAUGAAAAUAUCCUCUAAUCUUAGUUUGAUUGAUGUAACUUCGUCGUUUUAAAAACAUACACAGAGACGAAAGUGAAAAGAAAAGUUUGGGGAUUCAAUUACAUAACAACAAAAUAAAAAGUGUAUGAAACAUCAUUUGAAAAGAAAAGCUAACUGAUUUUAAAAGAUUAGAGUCGGUUCUGUGGAGUGAAAGUGAAUGAAAGUAAGCUCGCUCAGGGAAAGGAACAAGAAAGUUAGAGCAUCGCGGAAAAAAGAAAUUAAAAAGUGGGCAGGGCGAGUUAGAGAAGAAAAAAGUAAAGCAAGUUUUUAAUGGAAAAGUUGGUUCCAUCAAUGAUUGUGACUUAAAAAAUUGUAAUGAGAAGGAAUAUAAAUGAUUAUGUCAAAAGUACGUGACUAUUAAUUUAAUACAGAGAAUGAUUGAAAACGAACGAUAUCAAUUUAUCUGUGCAAGCAUCAGAUGCGAUUUAAAGAUACGAAAUUAAUAGUUGGGACACUUUGAAGUUCAAAUACGAUUCAGAUUCAAAUAUUUGAAUAAAAAGAUAUCCCAGGAGAUUUAAAACAUCGAUUAAUCAACAUCAGCUGAUAUCACAAUCGCAAUCUGACACGACGUGAACGUAUGAAAUUACAACCAAAAACAAACAUCCAACGACAAAACGAACGAUGACGAAUUUAUUCAAAUUAAAGAAGAAGACAACAAAUGAAUUAAUUCGUUUUUAUAUUUCCAUCUUCGUCAAUGUUAAUUUGACUUAUAAAUUGAGAAGUUUCGAGCUAUGAAUUAAUAUUUAAUUGUCACUGAAAUUAUUGAAAGCUCCAUCAGCAAACAACAAGCGAAGCGAGAUAAUUGAACGAAGAAAGGAAGAAAAAAAUAAAAAAUAAUUAAUUCAUCAAGCGGCCGAUAACAAGAGAACAUUUUUCGUAAAACGAAUUCACCGGAAAAUUAAUUUUGAUGUUGAUAGAGCAAAGUUGAAGAUAUUCUUUUACGUGAAGCGAUUACCACAUCCGCCCACCAUGCCAUUGCUUUUUACUGUCCAAACUAAUUCCUUGUUAUUAUUGUUGUUGAUAUGGGCAUUCGUGAGUGGAGAGUUAAAAGAUUACAACGAACCGAAAGUCGAACCACUUCUUCAGUCAAAUGCUCGGCCAUCGGGUCAAUCGAUUUCAUUUUCACCGGGACAGUCUGUAAGUGAACUUCCGAUAUUUCCUGAAAGAUCAGAUGCAGUCUACUUUGUUGUUGCUGUACCUGGUGGUGCUAAAAGUUGGGGACGUGCUUUGGCAAGGACACUUUUGGACAUGGGAACACCGUUCAGUAGUCCGCAAGGGCCACCUUUACGACCGAUUUAUGUUGACCUCCCAACAAGCGGAAGGUUUUCGGCUAAAGUACUUACAACACUUUGUGAUCAAGUUGAGGGAGUUCCUUUAAGUGGCAUGAUAGUUGUGGGAGAUGGUCAAGCAGCAAGGUCAAUAGCGCUUUCAGGAAAUGCAAUGAAAGUGCCUGUGCUUUGGGCUAAAGGUGGAACUGCUCAACUUCAUGCAGGUGGUAGUGAGGCUCAAAACUUUCUCCAAGCAACAUUACAACCGUCAGCAAAGGAAAUUCUUCAAGCAAUUAGGGCGAUAUUUUUACAAACUCAUUGGCAUUCCUUUUUUGUGCUGUCGGAUAUCGGCUCCACGAUGGUGUUGGGUAGCAGCUUAGGCGGAAUUUUAAAGAAAACGCCAUUAUCACCAACAAUUUUACCAUUGUCGAGUAACAAAGACGAUGUCUUCAGGCAACUUGCGAAAAUCUCUCGCUCAACACGUGGCAUUGUUCUCUUGCUUUGUGAUUUAAAUGCUGCCCGCAGUGUCAUGUCCGAAGCACAGCGUCUGAAAAUGACGGGUGGACAUUUCAUUUGGAUAUGGGCGGACACAAGUUCCACUGCCGAAUUUUUUCAACCGAAUAGUGUUCCAAAUACAGAUGACAAGGACCAAAUGAUGAAUGCCAAAGGCAAUUACGAAGAGUUUAAUAAUAGAAAGAAAGCUGAAUCACAAAUUGAACGUCAUCAAGGUGGUGGUGGCAGUAAACGUCAGCAAAAUAAUACUCGAUAUAAAUCAUCCAACAACAAUAAUCGUUUUCAACAAAUCAUUGGGUUGAAUGAAGAUGACGAGCGGACCUUUUUUACUGAUGGUCAAGUACCGCUUAAAGUUAAAAGAUUUAAACAAAAUUUAGAGUCGAACGAUUACACGGGAAGUGUUGAGAAACAUUCGCAAAAUAAUCUUAAAAUCAAGAAUAUCGAGAGUAAAGAGUUCAAUGCCAAUUAUUACGAUCCAUAUUCGAUUGGACGUCAAGGUGAAGAUGAUGAUAACGACAGCAGUUACGGAAGUGACCUCAAUGAGUCAACCAACAUUGAAAACAACUAUGAAACAUUUGAUAAAAUCAAUCCAUAUGAGAGUCAUAGGGAAGUGACGACGUCAGCAGGGUUCGAAGAAACAACACGCCGUCCAAAGUCGUCAGACGUGAACGAGAAAACGCAAGCUAAUAAUAAUAAAAAUACGAAUCGAAACCAUCGUAACGAUGGCAAUAACAAUAAACCAAUCACACCAACUGUUUCGGCUCCAAAGAUUUUUGACGAUAACGAAAAUUUGGAUUUGGAGGUGUACACAGAAGCAUCGAACGAUUUGAAAGCAAAGCGUGCUGAUAAUUCUCCUUCAACAUUCAAUAUUUCAUCGCACGUCUUUUUCCAUCAUUUCAAAGAUUUCCCAGUAGGAUUAUUGGCACUAAGACACAUCAAGAUGAAUAUCGAUCGUGUUUUUGUGCGUGCAGCAGUACGUUUGUUUGCUUCAACAUGGAACAUUGUUGAGAAAGACGAAGAAUUGCGAACAGCAUCGGGUGGAAAGUUUAUUUUUCAAAAAAUUAAUUGGGAUGACGAUUGGAGUGACAACGAUUACGACGACGAUGAGAUCGUGAAUAAUUUUAAAGCUACGAAAAAGCUCAAGAGUAAAGGAAAUCAAAAUGUUAACAAUCGACACAUGAACGCACGUGGCUCGAGAAAAUACAAGCGUGAUGUUCAAUUGAACGAAAAUAUUGAAGCAUCAGUAAUCCAAACAACAUUCGUUAACAGUAGAAAUAAAUCUAGUAAUUCUAACACUAAAGUAGUUGAUGAUUUAAAAAAUAAAACUAAUUUACAACACGUAAGUGACCUAAACUCACACCCCAGCGAUGAUGUAAACAAAAGCAAUAAAAAUAAUAAAAAUAUUACAAGUAAUUCUAACACGCCAAGUGCUGUGAAUGUUCAUCGUGAAACAAUUCAAAGCUUGAAGUUGGAUGGCAGAAUCGACAUCGUCAAACGUCAAAACUCUUGGUGGUCAAAUAUUUUUGGUGGUAAAACUCCAGAGAAACCCAAAAUAACUCGUGGAACGCCACAUUACAAAGGUGGCUGUUUUGGUGUGCCAACUCGUGCCGAUGUUAAUCGUUCUGAGAUUUUUGCAAGAUACUUACGUGAAGCUGUGACACUCGCACUUUCUGGCCGCACACUUCCUGGUGGCACAAUGGAGAAAAAUCUUAUUUCAAAUUUUGAAAUACUAAACUUGGUUCCUACACAAAGCAAAGCUCGAAUGCAGCAACAACAUCAAAGAAAGAAAAAUGAAUUAAAAAAGAACUCUAACUUGAUGUCUUCAAAGAGUGAGAAUCCCGAGAGUACAAAGUGGCGACGAGUCGGUCUGGUCUUGGGCCGGAAGGUUCAUUUAGACACAAUCGUUUGGCCCGGCGGUGAUAUCGUCGUAUCAGGUUUGUCGACCAGAGCACGAUCCGUUUUUCGUGUCGUGACAUCUUUAUCGCCGCCUUUUGUGAUGGAAUCUAAUUUGGAUGAAGAUGGAAUGUGUCUCCGCGGGUUGCCGUGUCAUCGUUUAUCUACUUCAGGAAAACAUAAUCUGACGCUCAUGUUCAACUCAAUUGAAACGAAGGAGCGCUUCGAGGAAGAUGCCGUUGAGCAUGGUAAUCAAAUCCCUUUGAACGAGGAUCAUAAAUCAAGUGAAAAAGUUUCAUACAAAACAAGAUGCUGCUAUGGAUUAUCAAUGGAUUUGCUUGAUAAUGUUGCGUCAGAGCUUGGAUUCGGUUACAUUAUUUAUAUCGUCAGUGAUGAAUUAUUUGGCUCGAAGCAAGUAAAGAAGAAUUUUCAACCAGAAUUUAAUCGACCAGUUGAUGCUGUUCAAGAACAUCUUAGAGAUAGAGACAGAGAACGAGAUAAGAAUAUCAACGAAAAAUCAAAUCGAAGAUUCAAUCAGAGAUUCCAUGAUCAAUCAGUAUGGAAUGGAAUUGUUGGUGAUUUAGUUGUCGGUUCAGCUGAUAUGUCUUUCGCUCCAUUGAGCGUUUCAAAGUCACGAGCUGAAGUGAUUGAUUUCAGUGCGCCAUAUUUUCACAGCGGAGUUUCGUUGUUGGCCGCCCCAAAGGUUACAACAGACAUUCCACUCUUGGCAUUCCUCAUGCCAUUCUCGCCUGAAUUGUGGAUAGCCAUCUUCAUAUGGCUUAAUUUAACUGCCGUCGCUGUUGCGAUAUAUGAAUGGCUAUCCCCUUUCGGGCUUAACCCUUGGGGCCGUCAGCGUAGUAAAAACUUCAGUCUCUCAUCGGCUUUAUGGGUCAUGUGGGGAUUAUUAUGUGGACAUUUGGUGGCAUUCAAAGCUCCGAAAUCUUGGCCAAAUAAAUUUCUCAUUAAUGUUUGGGGAGGUUUCAGUGUCAUUUUCAUUGCAUCAUACACAGCUAAUAUUGCAGCUCUUAUAGCUGGUUUAUUCUUUCACAAUGCUGCAAACACUUACGACACGUCGCUCAUGAAUCAACGUGUUGGAAUUCCUCGUUCGUCAGCUGCCGAGUCUUAUGUUCAACAUAAUGACAAGCAUCUAUGGGAGAAAAUGAAGAAAUAUACGUUCAGUAGCAUCGAGGAUGGAAUAAUUGGAUUAAAAAAUGGAUCAAUCGACCUUUUGAUGGCCGACUCACCAAUAUUGGAUUAUUAUCGAGGCUCGGAUCUGGGUUGUAAUUUAAGGAAAAUUGGCGAGAAUUACGUUGAAGAUACUUACGCCAUUGGAAUGAGUAAAGGUUUUCCCUUAAAGGAAUCAAUUUCAGCGCUUAUAGCGAAAUAUUCGAGUAAUGGAUAUUUGGAUAUUCUCGUUGAAAAGUGGCACGGUGGCUUGCCAUGUUAUCGUGAUGAAGAUCACAUUGAAAUUGUUCAACCUCGUCCUCUCGGAGUUGCUGCUGUUGCCGGUGUUUAUUUAAUGUUGGGAUUAGGAAUGAUUUUGGGUGUUUUGAUUCUGAUUUUCGAGCAUAUGUUUUUCAAGUAUUAUUUGCCAAUUUUGCGGCAUCAACCCAAAGGUUCUGUUUGGCGAAGUAGAAACAUUAUGUUCUUCAGUCAGAAACUUUAUCGUUUCAUUAAUUGUGUGGAGUUGGUGUCACCACAUCAUGCUGCAAGGGAAUUAGUGCACACUUUGCGGAAAGGACAUAUCACAAGUUUGUUUCAGAAAAGUGUCAAAAGGAAGGAAGAUGAACAGCGUCGCAGAAGGAAGAGUAAAGCGCAAUUUUUCGAGAUGAUUCAAGAGAUAAGAAGGGUUCAACAAGAAGAAAAAGAACAACCAGUCGUCCCAACACUUGCUGUGGUGCCGGAAGUUGAACCAAAUCAAAGUCCAAACCCGGAGAUCCAAUCAAUCGCAUCAUCGGUUUCGUCGGUUAAACCAAAAGCAAGUCCAAAACUUAGAAUUUUUAGUUUGAAACGGGAUGGAAGGUCACGUUCAAACUCUUCAAGUUUAAAUGUUAGAAGAUUCAGCACUGACAGCAUUAUGGGUGAAAGACUUGAUACAAUUGGUAGAAGAUUGAGUCGUGAUAUCGCCAGUGACCUGGCAAAUUCUCCACCCGAUUUGGGUCAUCGAUUUGAAACUUUUGGAAAGACAGAAACGACAUCCAAAUUUGACACAUUUUCUGGUAAAGGACUCACAAAGUCAGCCGAUGAUCUUGAUAAAUCGAGUCGAGAAAAAAAUAAAUUUGACACAUUCAGUGGAGUGUUUGACGAAGCAAAGCCAGCUCUGCCAGCGAAGAAAAAUCCAAGGAAUAAACUUAAGAGAAAGCAAAUAAGCAAAGAAAUUUUUGAAAGCAAACACCAAGUGACAUUUGAAAAUCAAUCCACGCUUCCUUUAAGAGAUUCAGCACGAGAAGUUAUUAAAGAAUCUUAUCGUGAGUCGCUUCAUCCUGCUAUCUUUCAACUUGAUAGCUCAAAAGCUGUUCUUCGUGAUAAGCUUCAUGAAGAGCUUAAACAGAAAUAUGGAAAGAACAAAACUCUUCUUAAAGCAAAGCCGCCCAAGGCAAUGAGUUCAUCUGUUCAGCGGUCACAAAUAAAAAGUCAAAAUCCUAAUGAUAGCUUUCUUAAAGUACAAAGCAAUGAUUCGUUGAAUGUUCGACCUGUUCCCUCGCCACGUUCCAAAUCAAGAAAUUAUUCCGAAGACGAUGACGACGAUGAGGGACUCGAUCCAACUUAUGCGACCAUCCAACCACGAAACAAGAGUCCACGAGUUUCCAACAACAGCGUUCCACUUGGUCGUUUGUCGAAGGAAGAUUUGCUUAAUCUCAGUUCACGAACAGAAUCUGAAAUUCAUGAAUUUCUGAAUGGAAAGCCGGGCACAAAAAACAGUAAAACGGAUCCACCUUGAUAUUAAAGAGAAGAGCGUCAAGUUCGUUGUGCAUAACGUUUUUUCUACAAGAAACUUUUCUUCUAUUUAUUAUGUUUUUUCAUAAUGACAAAGACAAAAGAAUCGACUUUGAAUUCUACCACCGUCUCGUCACGCACAAGUGAGUUCUCGGUGUUUGUGUUUUAAAGAAAAAUUUUACAGCAUUAAGAUGAUGUUGUCUAACCAAUCAUAAUCCGUUAAACGAGUGUAUAAAAAAAUAUGCUGCGUUGAAUGUUCUCACGUUUCCAACAAUGGUAAUGCCGUCGACUGUUGUGUUGAUAACUUUUCUUUUACACCAUUUGAAUGGCACGAAAUGAUGUGGCAGAAUGUCUAAAGGUUGACGUCUUUCACUCUGUCUUAUCAACACCAUUAUCCAAUUUCCUUUAUUCUACUUUUGGUUCUGCUUUUCGUCGCUGAAAUAAUAAAUUACGAUCUAUGCUUUGAAAAAAUGAAGAAAAAAACCCGCGAGAGAUUUAUGUGUUAGAAUCAAGUGGGAAGGGAGGAGGAUAAAUUUAAUUUUAAUUUUUCUCAUGCUUUUAUUUUUGUUAUCUCAAUAUAAAAAGUUAAGAGAUCAACUUUAUAUUCAUAUCUACUCAAAUGAUGAAAUUGUAACUUCUCAAAAUGUCAUUGAAUAAAAAUGUUGAAAACACGAACCCAAAAAAAGUCUUCAAAAGCAAUUAAGAUCCAAAAAAAAUCUAAUUUUGAAGCAUGCUUAUUGUGGAAAUCAAUUUGAA